CCUCUUCUAAAACUGUCUUGCUAUUCCAAUGACGAGUCCCGUCUCUCUCCCUCUAUACGAAAAAAUAUCACGUAAAAACACUUUGCAAAGGACCUCGGAUAUAAUUAUCUUUCUCCUUCUCCUUUCUCUCCUUACUUAUCGUCUUCUCCACCUCAAAAACCAUGGAACCACUUGGCUCCUUGCCUUCCUAUGCGAGUCAUGGUUCACUUUCACUUGGGUUCUAGUCCUCAACAUGAAAUGGAAUCCUGUGAUAUUCAAAACGCACCCGGACCAUCUCUCGGAAACUGUUGAGCUUCCCUCAGUGGACAUGUUUGUGACAACUGCGGACCCUGUGCUAGAACCUCCUAUCAUCACUGUAAACACAGUGCUCUCUUUGUUGGCAGUAGAUUACCCAGCCCACAAGCUUGCUUGCUAUGUCUCGGAUGAUGGCUGUUCUCCUCUUACCUACUAUUCCCCUGUCGAAGCUUCAAAGUUUGCCCAACUUUGGGUACCAUUUUGUAAGAAGUACGAUAUUCAAGUUAGAGCUCCUUUUAGAUACUUUUCCAAUGAUCCCGUUAUAACGCUCAGUGAUAGCCCAAAGGAGUUCCAACAUGAAAGGAAAAGGAUGAAGGAAGAGUAUGAGCAGCUUUGCCACAAAAUCGAGGUUGCGGUCCAAAAAUCUGUGCCACCUUGUGAUUUUACUUGGGAUUUUGCAGAAUUCUCUGGUGUAGAACACAAAAACCAUCCAACUAUUAUCAAGGUUACGUGGGAUAACAGAGAAGGUCUCCCAGACGGGUCGCCCCAUUUGGUCUAUGUAUCUAGGGAGAAGCGGCAUAAGCAUCCACAUCAUUACAAAGCGGGUGCCAUGAAUGCUCUUACGAGAGUGUCUGCAUUGAUGACGAAUGCUCCCUACAUGCUCAACGUAGACUGUGAUAUGUUUGUGAACAAUCCAAAAGCCAUUCUUCAUGCAAUGUGCGUAUUAUUGGGUUCCAAGAGUGAAUCAGAAAUUGCAUUUGCUCAGUUCCCGCAAGUUUUCAACGAUGGAUUAAAGGAUGAUCCUUAUGGCAAUCAGAUGGUGGUUCUACAAGAAUAUAUGGCACGUGGAAUAGCAGGACUUCAGGGACCAUUUUAUGGGGGAACAGGCUGUUUCCACAAAAGGAAAACUAUGUAUGAUUUAUCCCCAGAUAAAAUGGCUUCAGUUAAAGCAAAAUUGGUUGAGGAUAUAUUUUCAAAAAUUGGGAAUUCAAAGGAGUUGACCAAAUCAGGUAUUGAUGCUUUGGAAGGGAAGAUAGGUACUCCACCAAAUCACAAUCUUUAGAGCCAUAUUGAGGCAGCAUACAAAGUAGCUAGUUCUAGGUAUGAAUACGACACUA